AUGUCGUCCAAAAGCUCUUCAAGGGCCGACUGGGCACCUUACGUCGGCAAACCUAAGCUCGUGAUCGCCAUCGAUUUGGGCACCACAUUUUCUGGCGCUUCCUAUGUGAUCUUACAGCCUGGAGUGAGGCCGACGGUGGAAGACAUCAAAGCGUACCCCGGGCAAUCGUCCGCCAACAGCAAGGUUCCAUCCGUGAUCCUUUAUGACAAGAAUGGAACAGCGCGGCUCUUUGGAGCCGAAGCAGUCGCGGGGGGACCGGCCGAGCAGCUGCUCGAGGAGGGAGGACAGCUGGCGAAAUGGUGGAAAGUCCAUCUCAAGCCCGAUCACUUGGACGUGCGACUUGAUCUUCAAGACCUGCAGGGCGACGCCAAGCACGAGGACGUCGAUCGCUAUCAAGAGCUUCCCUUCGGUCUGGAUGCGGAGCAAAUCUGCUCUGACUUCCUCAAGUAUAUGGUCACUUGCGUCGGCGCCUACAUUCGCUCCCGUGACUCAAACGGCCUCGACAUGCUGGCAAACCUCGCACCCUCUGCAGAAUAUGUACUGACAAUCCCAAAUGGGUGGGAGAUUGAGCAGCAGCAUGCGCUGCGGCGAGCGUGCGUCACCAACGGCCUGGUCCCAGCAAGCCGAUCUCACGCUAUCAGCUUCGUAAGCGAGGCGGAGGCCUCUGUCAACUUUUGCGCUCGCUCUGCGGGCUCACGCAAGUGGUGCAUCAAGGCCGGCCAGGAUCUGAUCGUGUGCGAUGCAGGAGGCGGCACCGUCGAUAUUUCGUCGUAUCGUGUUUGCAAAACCGCGCCGCGCAUCGUGCUUGAGGAGACCUUUGCCAGCACGUGUCUCAUCGCUGGCUCCACCACCGUUGACUGCCGCGCUCGCGAGCUCUUGACCAAGCGUCUAAAGGGCACACGCUGGGACAACGCUGAUGACCUUGCAGCCCUUGAGACUCGCUUCUCUGAAACAAUCAAGGAGGCUUUCGUUAGCGCAGCAGAUCAGCAGUAUCUAACCAUCGGUAGCGCCAGCGAGAGCUUGCCCGACAAGGCAAUCCGGCGCGGGAAGCUAGUGCUCAGCGGCACCGACGUCGCAGAUUUGUUUGAAGUGAGCUUGAGCGACACACAAGAGGCCAUUGAAGAGCGCAUCACAACCGAGACGUCACAUACUCUCGUCGCAAUGGUGGGCGGCUUCUCGGAGAGCGUCUACUUCCGCGAGGAAUUGCAGGCACGACUUGGCGACCGAGUCAAGCUGUACAAGCCUGACGAAGCGACUGCCAAGGCGGUCGCCAAUGGAGCCAUUGCAUGGUAUCUCGAUGGCUUGGUGACCUCUCGCAUUGCCAAGGUCGACUACGGAAUCCAGUGUGCAAAGCUGUAUCGCCGCCAUGAGGCCUCUCAUGCUGCACGCAAAGCGCUCGUGUACAAGUCAAUCGACGGACGACACAAACUGCCUGGUUCAUUCAGUACGAUACUUUCGAUGGGUUCUAAAGGCGCAACCGAUCAAGAAUUCAUCGAGAGCUACAGUAUGACCUUUACGCCUGAUGAGACUCUCGAACGCGAGAUCAAGCUCUGGGUCUAUCGACGCGAAGAAGGAGCACCGGUGGGAGAGUUUAUCGACGAACCUGGUUUCAAAAAUGUUUGCUCUUUCCGGGCAAAUAUGGAGCCCUUUCGAUCAAUUAUUCCCGUUCGCCAAACAGCAAAAGGUCGGCCUUUCCUCGAGGUGUCCUUCAAAUUAGCCAUGCGGCUGACUGGCACCGAGCUUCAGGCUCAGACAAUCUUUCAGCAUGGAGGACAGACCUUCCGCGGUCCCGCGGCCACCGUCAUUGCUUCGCAGACCUGA